UGUUCCCAGAUAGGGCUACUCCUGCUUUCCUUCCUCACACACCUGAGAGAGCGAUAGAGAGAGAGAGACUACCAGGGUCCUCGCAGCACACCACAGCCUAUCUAUUGCAAAGUAGUGCCCAGUAGCAGUUUGGCAAGAAGCCAGUUACUUUCUUAACCAAAUCGAGGGAGGGGGCGCGCACGGUGCGUGUGACGGGCAACUGACGUUCCCAACGGUUCUCUCCGGCAACGGAAGAUGCACACUAUGGAUGUUUGUGUAAUCGCUGGAGACGGCAGUUUUCUGCAUUUUUUUAACGACGGACACGCCUCGUCAGUUGCCUUGCGUCCCCACGGAACAUCAUGCGAGUAGGAGCAACGCACCCAAUGCCAUGCUGAGCAACUCCCCGACUUUUCUGCUGGCCCUAACCACGGUAGCUGGACUACUCCAGCGGUGCCACGGCUGGAGCGACGAGGACCUCCUGUUACCCCCCAUCAACUCCACCAACAGAUUCUUGGCCAACUUGGAGGUAGACGUGCACUACUCGAAGAGAUCCGUGGAGGAGAGCUCGUCAGACACUUCGUUACAGCCGUUGCCACAGUGCAACGUCAGCGUGCAGAGACUUUUCCCCACCUCGCUAGUGGCUCAUUGGGACAGCAACUUCGGUUUCCAGUGCGAUGUGUUUAUAUAUACCGCCAAUAACCAUGGAAGGGCUUUUUUCUCUGCUGCUAUCAACAGAGCCAUCUCACCUGUUCUCAUCGAACACCUCGGAGUCACCGGCGGCCAGCAGGAGUUUAGACUGUGUGUUGGAUGUGGCAUGUCACGAUACCGGCGAUUCGGCAAGUCAAAGGCUCAGCAGACAGGGGAUCCCAUCAAUUUCUGCUGUGUUGACUUCAGCCUUGACGAACUAAAUGGGGACAAAAGUUGGAGAUUGAACCGUAAACCUAUCGAGUCAACUCUUGUGGCUUGUUUCAUGACUCUAGUGAUAAUAGUGUGGAGUGUUGCUGCCCUCAUAUGGCCGGUGCCUAUUAUUGCAGGAUUUCUGCCCAACGGAAUGGAACAGAGAAGGCCGAGAUAAAGAAUUCUGGAGAUAAGCCCCCAAACCAAGAAGCAAAAAAUAUUGUAGAAUACAUAUCUCAACGUUUUUUUCACAUUCUACCCGUAUAAAAGAAUGUCCGUUUCCCAAUUUUACCGUUUAGAAUGAAAGAGUGCUUUUUGGUUUUGGUCUAUUUCCUAUUUAUAGGCCUUCAUGGUAAGAAGACCAAUAGUUUUAAAGGUGGGCUGUGUUAUUGUAUUACAUUGGCUGUAGAAUAGGUGCAUAUGUAGAGUGUGUUAACAACAUUUCACUGUAAACAGUGUUUGUAUGGUUUUACAUAUUUCUAGGAUUAUUGCCUAUAGGCAAGUGGUGUAGUGGUGCCUGAAGAAUAGGUAUACUCUUAAUUUUGGAAAACAAUGUCCCAAACGGCCUGCCCGGCGAAGGAAAGGCGCUCUGUGUGAAAAAUUCUAAGCGAAACAGUGACAUUCAUUCUGUAUUACCUAAAAUUAUAAAUCCCAUGUUGGUCUUUCACAGACAGGCCAACCCAAGCUGUACUGUGCAAGGAGGCUAAUUGUAGGCGUACUAUUGAAACAGAUAAAUUAGGCUGUCAACUAAAUCAGAAAUUCAAAGGUUUCAGAUGUAUUUUUUCAGAUUUUCACUCUCAAAAUCACACUUUGUUUUAUAAAAAAACAACACAAUUGGAUGUUCUAAGUCCAUAAAAAUGCUUAAACUACAUCAGGAGACCACUUUUGAGGUCUGGGAAAAAUCUAAGAUAAAACCAUUUUUGUGUAGUUCACAUCAAAGUUUAUUUGUCACGUGCGCCGAAUACAACAGGUGUAGACCUUACAGUGAAAUGCUAACUUACAGACUCUA